UUCUUCGCUGAUGAUACUCAUCUUUUGUCAACCGGAAGUUAGCGUACUCCUACAUUUAAGAUGUAUUCUUCUUUGCUUCCAAGCUGUUUCGAGUUUACGAAUCAACUUAAGCAAGUCUGAAUUGGUUGGGAUUGGGCAUGACGGCAAGGCGGAUGACCUGGCCAGGGUUCUGGAAUGCAAAAUGGCAAAUCUACCUAUUAAAUACCUUGGUAUGCCUCUUGGGGCGAAGCAUAAGGAUGGCAACUGUUGGGAACCGGUUAUUGAUCACUUUGAAAAAAGUCUUACUUCAUGGAAGAGAAAUUAUCUGUCUAAAGGUGGGAGAUUGACCCUUAUCAAGAGUACAUUAUCCAACCUCCCAACUUAUUACCUUUCAUCCCUUACUAUUCCGGGAAAAGUGUCUAAAAGACUUGAAAGAAUUCAAUGUAAUUUCCUUUGUGGGGAUGAGGAUAGCAAAAAGAAGUUUCAUCUUGUAAAUUGGGAGGAGGUCAAGAGUCCCAUCAAAUCCGGGGGUCUUAGUCUGAGGUCCCUAAAAAUUCUGAAUAAGGCUUUGCAUGGUAAGUGGGCUUGGAGAUACUGGAAUGACACUAACAGUUUAUGGAAAAAAGUGGUGGAUUGCAAGUGGAAUCUGAAAGGAAGACAGGAUCAGAUGUUGUUGACUAGAAGUAAGUUUGGCAUGAGCUUGUGGAAGGGAAUCUCUAACACUACUCAUUCUGUUCUUGAGUGUUCUAGAUGAAAUGUGGGAAAAGGCAACAAAGUCAAGUUCUGGUCUGAUUUCUGGUGUGGAGAUUAUAAUCUGUUAAUCAGGUUUCCUCUUAUUUUUGCCCUCGCUAAGGAUAAACAGAUGACAAUUGAGGAAGCUUUUGACAAAAAUAAUGGCAUUGGUUGGCACGUUGUGGUCAAUAGGAAUCCAAAAGAUUGAGAAAUAGUGGAAUAUGAGAAUUUGCUGGCAGUAUUGAAUACCAUUCAGCUCAGCAACACUAAUGAUAGGUUGAUCUGGAAGUUGGAAAACAAAGGCUCCUUCAGCGUCAAAUCAUAUUAUAAUUAUCUUGCGGGACAUAACAGAAUUGUGGCAAAUUCUUUUCCUGCCAAAAUGAUCUGGAGGGCAAAUGCUCCCACCAAAAUUUCCUUCCUCACUUGGGAAGCUUCCAAGGAACGCAUUUUGACCGCUGACAACCUUAUGAAAAGAGGCUUUUACCUUUUGAAUAGAUGUUAUCUAUGCAAAAACAAUGGUGAAACUAGUAACCACCUUUUGCUUUGGUGCCCUAUCACUCACAAGCUGUGGACUAUGGUAUAUAGUCUACUUGACAUUAGCUGGGUAAUGGCCGGAUCUGUUCUAGAAGAAUUAUUUGCUUGGGAUCUGGUGUGGAGAAACAAGAAAUUGAGACUCAUUCCGCUCACAAUUUUCUAGGUUAUCUGGAAAGAGAGAAACAAUAGUCUUUGAAGGAAAGGAAGAAACAUUUGGCAACAUUGUGAGCAAAUGGCUACACUUUUUUGGUUCCACUGUAUUGGAACAUAACAUUAACAAUUUUGAAGAUUUAGGGUCAGUUGUAGAUAUUCUUAUUAACUUGUAAAUCUUUUGUACAUGGGCGGCGACCCCUUGACGCCUCAUAUCAAUAUAUAUUCUACACUUUUCUUUCAAAAAAAUAAAGGAAGUCCUCUUGGUAUGGUUAAGGUUCAGUUCUAGAGUACAACACUAUAGUUUUAGUGUUUUGAAAGUUUAAUCUUAGCUACUAAUGAUAUUGAAACAUAACUAAUUGCAGCUUGCCAGUCCCAGCAACUUAUUAGCAGAAAAUGGAAAAUAUGGAUAUUGAUAAUUGUGAUGAAAGCAAUGGAGGCACAUCUAUUUUAAGGCAUAAUGGUCUUUCUCUUAGGCCAGUAUUGCCUGAGGAGUCUGGUGAAGGUUUACCAUAUGCUCCAGUAAAUUUUCCUCGACCUGGAGAUAUCUGGCGCUGGAAGGUGGGGAAAAGGGUUGCCAGUAAUGGCUAUUUCUUGGAUAGGUAUCUGUAUCUUCCAAAGCCUCUUUCCCGUUUGGACAAUCAAUUGGGUAGAAAAUAUAUUUUUGCAAGCAAGCUUUCCGUUGAAAGAUAUAUUCGCGCAGCAUUUCCUGAUGUGGAUGUUGAGGCAUUUUUUGCUUCAUUCAGUUGGAAGAUCCCCUCAAAACAGCUAAAACUAACAAAUGGCAAUGCAGUGGAGCAGACCCUAUUUACAAUACCUUCUGAGGAGAUAGAAGAACUUUCAACGUCUGAUUCCCAGUCUAUUGGUGUGGCCUGUAAAGCUGGAAAUAGGGCAUGUACUAGUUUGUUGACAGACAAAGAAAAUCCACUUUCAACUCUCAUGCCUUGUGACAUUUGCUGCAGUGAACCUCAUUUUUGCCGUGAGUGCUGUUGUAUUCUCUGUUGCAAGACCAUAAACUUGAAGCAUGGAGGAUAUAGCUACCUCAAAUGUGAGGCAAUGGCUGGUGAAGGUUACAUAUGUGGGCAUGUUGCUCAUGUGAACUGUGCUCUUAGAUCUUACAUGGCUGGAACAGUUGGAGGAAGCAUUGGAUUGGAUGCUGAGUACUAUUGCCGGCGUUGUGAUUCACGGACAGAUCUGGUCCUGCGUGUUGCAGAGCUUCUAGAAAUAUGUGAAUCAAUUAAUUCUAGGGAUGAUGUUGAGAAGGUCUUGAAUGUUUGUUUUUGUGUCUUACGUAAUUCACAGAAAAGCCGUGCAAAGGAGUUGCUGAACUGCAUUGAGUUGGCCAUCAUAAAGCUUAAAUCUGAAACAUCUCUAGAAGAUAUCUGGAAAAUAGAUGAGAGUAACUCAGCUCCUUGCACAGGUGCUCAUGAUGGAGAGACUACACUGGAAGCAAACCACCAAGGCUGUCUGGACUUACCAUCAAUUUUUCUUAUACCUGUCAAUUAUCAGAAUGAAGCACAGAAACUUGAGGAUGAAGUUUAUCAUGUUCUUCAAGAACUAAAACAGUCACAGGAGACUGAAUAUAAAAUUGCAGAGGAAAGACUUUUUUCUCAGCAGAAUUACCUUAAUAAUCUGUAUCAGCAACUUGAGCAAGAGAAGGCUGAAUUGUCACACCAUAGAUCAACUGCUGAAGCAGAUGACUUACUGAGUGCUUUGUCGAAGAGAUCUGAACAGAUAAAAUGCGAGGUCAAGAAACUCAAAGAAAUGGAAGAAGUGACCAAGGGAUUUGGAAGAACCUCUAAAUAUGUUCUGAAGGAACACUUUGGUCUGGAAAUUGGGGAUUGAUUACAACCGUUUCUUUUAUGAUGAACCAAAUUUGUCAGCUUUUACACCCAAUUUUGCGAUUGAGAAAACAUAUGCACAUGCACCAACUUUGACACCAUACAUUGGAUGAUAGAGGUUAGAUUGGUUCACCCAAUUGCAUCAGUGAUUGUGCUAUUAUAGCUUGUAAGCUCAGAUAUGGGAUUAAAAAUAACCUAAGGGAUUGAUAUAUGCUGUGCAAAGGUUAUUGGUUCAGAAAUUGGCACCUGAAAAUUUCCUCCACCAAUCAAUCAUGAUUUGAAAUGAUGUUACCAACGUAAUUUUAUACAGUUUGGAAACUAUUUCAUCUGGUGAAUGUUGAAGUAGAAUGCAUAAAUGUGUUGAAAUUUUCUUGUUUGACAGUUCGGAAGUUUGGUGACCAAGCAACCUACCUGUUGGUUGUUUAGUGUAUAGUCGCUACCAUGCUAUUGGUAAGUCACUCAGUAUUUCAACAUAAUCUGACAUCAAAACUGUCAGAAACUAUAAUCUAUUAUGAGCAAUUCAUAUAAGGAGC